AUGGGCAUCCGGACGGGCAAGAAUAUCGUCCGCAAGCGUGACUCUUCCGCGAGCAGCGCGAGUGUCCUUGGCUCUCGCAACAUCUUUCUUCCUCUCCUCAGCAUCCUUCGCCCUCUUCUCCGCUCUGCGAGCGCGAGCGGCCAUUCUCGCAAAGUACUCGCGCUGGCGUUGUCCGAGUCGCUGGGCAGGUUCCGCGCCCAUGCGCAAGCCAAGGGCAUAGGUCUGUUCGGCCUUAUCGUACUGUUUCGCGAGCUCGAGCGUGGUAGCCCAGGCCUCGUAAUAAAGCGCGACAACCUCCCCGAUACGAUGGCGCUGCAUGUACUCGAACACAUCGAGCUUGUCAUCACGGAGAUCUGCGUAGCGGAUCCACAAGCGGACGAAUCUGCGAUCGUUGCGGUAUUUUGGGUCCUUUGCGUAGCGGCGGCAGGCGCCUUCGACGACGGAGACAAUCAAAUCGGAGCCGCGCGGGAAGAAGUCGACAACCCACUUGGCGUACAUGACCCAGGGGCCGAGCGGAUCGGCCGCGUAAGGUCCGAUGCCGUUCUGGCCGUCGCGAAUGGCGGCUUCGUGAAGGGCACGUUGACGGUUGAGAUCCUCUGUUUUCAUGACGAGGGCGUCGUUGAGGGCGGGGACACUGCGGCCAUGCGAGACGGGGAGGACGUUCUCUUUCGAUGA